AUGUUCGCCCGCUAUCUUGCCCUUAUCGCGGUUACAGUCACCAAUGUUGCCGCUGACAAGCUUUGUGGUACUCGACUGUGCCAGCAGGAAGUUGGUCAUGGCUCUUACUGUAAGGAUUACCAGCGAGAUCCAGCUGGGCGUGUUUGCCAGACUCUCGAUCCCAAGGACACCAGAAUCAUCCCCUGCGAAUGUCCUAAGCCAACCCCCACCACAACUACCACUACUCAACCACCGACACCAACCCCCACCACAACUACCACUACUCAACCACCGACACCUCCUCAUAGGCCUUGUACUCUCGGUGAUUUUGUCUGUGACUUGGCGACACAAGGUGGUAUCUGUAGGAGGUUGCCGGGCUGGAAGUUCGUCGGAAAGUGCGAUGGUGGUUCCAAACCUGAUCCUUUCCCAUGCUUCUGCAUCUAG